GUACGAUAAAAUGAUAUCUCGAAUAGUUUGCAUCUAGGGUUAGACGGAACAACACCGAUGAUGUUGAAAAUCCUCGGUGAGUUGGCCCUCCUAGGGGCAAUCGCCUCUGUAUUCAUAGUCGCGGCUCAGGGCCGCGCACAAGAAAGAGCCGCGGAGGAAAACUCCGGGAGAGAGUACAUGAGAUCCCUUGACGAGAUCAUGGGUAAAGCUAAAAACAAACUUACGCUGGCUGCAUGGGCAUAUGAAUCAAAUAUCACCAAAUACAAUGAAGACAAAUACCUACAAACAUCUCUAGAUAUCGCCGAGGAAGAGAAAGAAUAUUGGAAAGAAACCAUGACCUAUCUAUGGCAUGAGUUCUACGAUGAAGAUCUAAAGAGAAUGUUCAAGAAAUAUUCGGUAUUGGGAACUUCAGCACUACCAGAGGACUUGAAUCAAAGACUCAUUCAAGCGAUAAAUAAUAUGAAGGCUACUUACGCAAAAGCAACCAUUUGUGACUUUAAAGAUCCAAGCAAAUGCGACUUGACCAUUGAACCAAGUGUCACGAACAUUUUCGCAAAGAGUCAAGAUGCAGAAGAAUUAAAGCAAGCGUGGUUACAAUGGCAUGAGGCAGCCGGGGCAGCCUCUAAAGGCAAUUUUACAGAAUACGUUGAAAUGUACAAUGAAGCGGCUAAAUUGAAUGGUUUUGAUAAUGUAGCGCAAUGGUGGUUAAGUGAAUAUGAAACAUCAGACAUUGAAGACCAAUUAGCAAACCUUUGGUCACGAGUAAAGCCUCUGUACGAACAAAUACACGCGUAUGUAAGGAGACAUUUGAGAGAAAAAUAUGGUGAAGAUGUCGUGUCCGCAAAGGGCCCAAUUCCAGCACACUUAUUGGGAAAUAUCUGGGCACAGACAUGGAAUAACAUAGAGCAGUUCACUAAACCUUUUCCGAACAAGCUCGAUAUUGAUGUCACAGAUGCUUUAGUUAAACAGAACUACACCGCGUUGAAGUUCUUCCAAACGGCCGAAGACUUCUUCAAGUCUCUCAAUCUAAGUGGUAUGCCAGAUUUGUUCUGGGAUCGGUCCAUCAUUGAAAAGCCCGAUGAUGGCCGAGACAUGGUUUGUCAUGCUUCAGCAUGGGAUUUCUUCGAUCGUGAAGACUUUAGAAUUAAGCAAUGCACAUCAAUAACGAGUGACUUCUUCACCACGACGCAUCAUGAAAUGGGCCAUAUUCAAUACUAUUUGCAAUACAAAGACCAGCCUGUUGUUUAUAGACAAGGAGCAAAUCCUGGAUUCCACGAAGCUGUAGGUGAUGUCAUCGCUCUGUCUGUGGCAACUCCAAAACACUUAAAACUAAUGGGCUUACUUGAAGAUGAUCCUGAAGAUAAAGAAUCAAAUAUUAACCAGCUCUACAAAAUGGGCUUACAAAAGAUAGUAUUCCUCCCAUUCGGAUACCUUCUUGACAUAUACCGCUACGGAGUGUUCCGAGGGACGACAACUCCAAAUGACUACAACUGCCACUUUUGGCAGCUAAGAGAAUCUUUUCAGGGCAUUGAACCCCCAACAACAAGAACGGAAAAUGACUUCGAUCCAGCUGCGAAAUACCAUGUCUCCGCAGAUGUUGAAUAUAUGAGAUACUACAUCUCUUACAUAAUACAGUUCCAAUUCCACCGCUCCAUGUGUCAGUUAGCAGGCGAGUACACUCCGGGAGAUUCGAGCAAACUAUUGUCCAAUUGUGACGUUUAUAACAAUACUGCUGCUGGAAAUGCUUUACAAAAUAUGCUGAAACUAGGAUCAUCAAAGCCUUGGCCGGAUGCGAUGGAAGUUCUAACAGGACAAAGGAACAUGGACGCUAGUGGGGUUAUGGAAUACUUUCAACCGCUAUAUGAUUGGCUGAAAGAGGAAAAUGCGCGCACAGGAGAAUAUAUUGGCUGGGAACCUAGUACAGUCCAAUAUUGUACACAAGAACAGAGAAGCUUUAUGGACCAAACAGGAUUUAAAGAACGACUCGCGAAGUACCUUAAGAAUUAACGUAUAAAUUGUAAUAUAUUUAUAAUAAAUUAUCAUUUU